CAAUACGAUGAGCGGUGGCAUUCACUACGACCAGGACCUCCCGCCCAAGGGAGGCUACGAGCCGAUCCGCUACAAGCGCAAUCUGCCUGGAAAGGGACCCGGAGGAAUCGCAAUCUUUGGCGGUGUAUUGGCCAUUUGCGGCUAUGGUUUCUGGAGGGUCGUGCAGGGUAAUUUGGAGCAGAGGGAGCUCAAGCGCGAGAGGGCCUGGUCCCGUAUCAACCUCGUACCCUUGCUGAUGGCAGAGGCAGACCGCGACACCUACAGGAGAGAGCAGGCUGCGCUCGCGAGGGAAAAGGAGAUCAUGAAGGAUGUGCAUGGAUGGGAGGCCGGCAAGAGCGUCUACAACAGCAAGAGAUACACACCGCCCAACUACGUUGUCAUGUAGAUCCGUCGAAGCUGUCAUCGU